AUGGCGGAAUAUUUUGCUCACAUACUGAGAAGAUGGUUCCUGGAAGGGGGAAAAUAUGAAGAUGGAAAUUACUGGGGUGGAAUAUGGGCUGAUCUGGAGAAAGAGUUUAACGAAUUAAUGGAACGUUUAAAGACGGAUACUACAGAAGUAGCAGCCCUUUGUAGUGAAAUAGACAAGAGCAAAACUAUAAUGGAAAACGUUAAGAAAGAAAUGUGCAAAACUCUAAUAAGAAUAAAGUUCUUCAUGAGUGGAAUUAAAGGAAAAGGGAAAGCAGUCGAUGGGCAACCGGAAAUAGAACAACUGGGAGAAGUGGAAUCUUAUUUCAGGUGUAUAAUAGGAAGUAUGACUAUGGUGAAAUUAUAUAAAGGACAUUGUAAGUUAGAUGAAAUAGCUAAAUGGAUAAUGGAACCAGCAAGGGUAAGUUUAGAAGCACGUAAAUUAAUAGGAGCACAUGAGAAGUGUAAAGAUCUACCAUUCAGUGGAAUGAAAAUAGGAGCAAAUUUUAUAGGAAAUAAAGUAAAUGGAUGGUUAGAAAAGAAGAAAAACGGAACUCAAAUGUACGGAACUAUAAUGAACAAUACAGGGUGUCAAAAGGGUAAGCAAGAAGAAAGCAAAAAGGGUAUGGUCGAAUUAUUAGGAAGGAACGAUGAGAGUGAACUGCAGGAAUUUGCUGAUAGUAGUAAUAAUUUGGCGAGUGACAAAUUAGAGGAAGUAUUAAAGAAAGUAGGAGAUAGAAUGAAAAAAAAGAAGACUCCAUAUGAAUGUCCUGGUAGUACCUCCACCCCUGGAGGAUCUGAAGACAAGGAAGAACUUGGUAUAGAAGAAUGGUUUACAACAUUCUCUAGAAGUGUAUCCAGCACGGACAAAGAUUAUUAUAAAGAACUGGAGAGUAUGUUAGAUAUAUGCGAUCAGAAUGAAACAUUAGAAGGGGAUGUGAAGUUAGAGAAGUACAAAGAUUUUUGUAAAGUAAUGGUAAGGAAUGUAAUGUUAGUAACGGAUAUUGAAAACCAGCACAAGACAGAUCAGACAAAAUGUAAAAACACUGUGAAAGAUAUUCCCUUAUGUGAACUAUUAAGAGUAUGGAUGUACUAUAUGAAUGCUUUUUGUGUACCGAAGGCAGUUAUAGAACAUGCCCUUCAGGGGGUGAAAGCAGUAAGGGGGAACAUGGAUAAAGAUAAGAACUAUGCGGAAUGUUCUUAUGAUGGUGUACUUAACAUUCCUGAGCGAAAAGGAAAUGAUAUGAGAGGUGAAUUGUACGAACUAUUUGAGACAAAUAUUAUGCUUAAUAAAAUAAUAGCAUUAACUAACCGGAAAUGGUGUCAAAGUAGUACACGGCACUACAGGGGAGGAAAGGCGCCUGGGGAUCCGAAGCCUGCACGUGACGACAGUGGGGCGGGUGGUAGCACAGUUGUAAGUAGUCCAGAAUUGAAAAAACUGAAAAAUACUAUUAAAAAAAUAGAGGAAGAAGUAAAGAAGGAAGUAGAAGCAGAGCGGAAGCUUCUGGAGGACGCCUUGCAGGAAGCCAUAGCAGAAAAUAAUAAACAGGCAUCAUCACCUCCCCCAAAUCCAUCCUCCUCCGAUGCUCUCUGUACUGAUGGAGAUCUAUGUACCCGCGUAAAAUGCGUAUCAGGGAAGUGGCAUCAGAAUAAGGGACAUACGAACGGAGUGAAGUGGAGCAAUAUGGAGAGUGAUAUUAGCAGCAGCGGCACAAAAAUGUUUGAACAUAUAUCUACAAUUGGUGGAAGUAUGGAGGGAACUUGUAAUAGAAAUACAGAGAAACAUAGUAGAAUAGUUACGGACCCAGAGAGAAGGACAUGCCAAUACAUUAGUGCAGGAUUACAGUACAUAUACGGUAUUAACAUAGCCGAUGAGGGUAAGAACCAACAGAAAGGGGGCGAUGGACAGAAGGCCAAGGACAAUAGGGAUUUUAAGCAAACUAUGAUGUGCCUCCUACUAAAUGCCUAUGCAAAUAAGUUAAAGCAGGAGGUGAAAUCCCCCUGUAAGAUCGAGGAGGAAACAAUAAAACAGUCAUUUCAGAGAGGGAAUAACAAACUUACGAGUUGGUGUAAGGAUAGAAAUAAUGGGAAGGUUGAUUGUCUUGAAUGUAAAAGGGAGGACUACUCAAAAUGCACAAUAAACGAUAAAGAAAUAAAGGACGAAGUGGAAGAAUUGCUCCAGAGGAAUAACAGAAUAACACAAACUCUAAGUACUCUAAAUGAUAUAAAUAAGAACUUAUGCCAACGCGCCCAAUGUGUAACAACACAAUGGAAAAAUGACAAAAGGGAAGAGAAAAAGGGCACAACGGUGUGGGAGAAAGACAUUUGGGACUAUGGGGACAUGCAGAAAAUAUUGAAUGCCCUAUAUGAUGCUAUGAAAAGUGGAAACACAACAGAGGAGCCUCUAUGCAAUAACAUUAAUGGGCAAUCUGGUAAAACAGAAACAGAAUCAGAAAAAAAGGCAUGUAAUUACAUAGUUAAGGGGAUAAAGCAUGUAUACAGCAUUAAAGAGGAUCCGAAGGGCACUGAUGAUCAGCACAAAAAAAAUUACAAAAGGUUUAAACAAACUAUGGCCUGUCUAAUAUUGAAUGAAUAUGGAAAACUUCUUGGGGAAAAACCUUGUAUUGGGAUGAGCACUAUAAAAAAUGCAUUUACUGCCGGUGAGAAUGUUCAUAACGGUAAUGAAUGCACCGAGGAACCAUGUGAAAAAUGUACGUGGGACGAAUGUUCAAAUUUUACAAUUAGACCAGACAACCAACGGCAAAAAAUAAAGAAGAAGCUCCUAGAGAAGAACGAAAUACAGGAAACUCUGGAUUCCAUAUGUCCAAAACCACCACCUCCCCCACCAAUACCACCCCCUACCCCCCGAUCGGAAGAUUCAGGUAUUCCCCCACCAGAACCAGCACCUGCUGCUGCUGCACCUAAAAUAGAACCAACAGCAGUGCUAGUACCACCACCAGGUGCACCACAACCAGGUAAGAGUACAGAACCUUCCAGUAGCACUCCCAGAGGUAAGGAAUGUAACGACCUAGAAAACAAUACUGACCAUGAUCGUAUUUUCUCAUGCCUUGAGAAGUCUAAUAGUCAAAGUGUUCCAGAUAAUAGUAAUGUUGACGACAGGCACGAAGCCAAUAGGGGGACCGGUCCACUUGGCGAAAAAGGUACUAACCCAGCCGUUGUUGACAUAAAAACAAUCACUGCUUCUGUUAUUUCAGGUCCAGGUCCUACUAUAACAGUUCCAGAAUCCCAAACUCCAAGCACAGGAACAGACACCCAAACUCCUUCCGGUGAUCCUACUUCGUCUGACCCUUCUUCUGUCUCAGAAGUCCUACCGAAAGAUCCAGGUAAUAAUAAUAAAAGAAAAAAUAAACACUCCUAA